CGACAUCGCGCGCGGGAGCGAGGGCAGGCCCCGGGCCUGCCGCCGAAUCGGAGCCGGUGGGUUUAGAAGACUUCGCCAGGGCUCGAAGCCGAAGUAAAGCGCAGAGGCGGCGAAAUUUAUGCAAGAUGUUGGCUAUAUGGACUUGGAUAGUGGCAACUUUGUUUAUUUUCCUCACCAUUGAUUCAGUGGAAGGUGAAAUUAUAAAACUGUGUGGUCGCAUAGAACCAGAAUCUCCAGUUAUAGCAUUUAAUACUACUUUCACAGCGACUUGUGUUUUAUAUGAAGAUUGUACAAAGGAGCAUCACUUUAAUGCUAGUCAUAUUUUCUGGAAAAUAAAAAACAACUAUGUUCCUAAAGAACAGUACACUGUCAUAAAUAGUACAGCUGCCAGUGUUACAAUCAAAGAUGUAUCUUCAUUAAGUAUUCUACUAACAUGUAACAUUUUACAAUAUGGACAGAUUGAACAGACUGUUUAUGGAAUCCAAAUCAAAGUAGGCUUUCUUCCAGAGAAACCAAAAGAACUGAGUUGCAUUGUGAAUGGUCAAAGUAACAUGAAAUGCCAAUGGAAUCCUGGAAGGGAAACACAUUUGGAUACAACAUAUGUUUUAAAGUCAGAAUGGCCAACACGGCAGCUGGCAGAUUGCAUUCCACCAACUGGUGUAAAUAAUUCAUGCACAGUUGAUAUGGUUGUGGUUUUUGUCAAUAUGGAUGUCUGGGUAGUAGCUACAAAUGCCCUUGGAAAUGUUUCAUCUGAUCGUAUCAAUUUUGAUCCCAUAGAUUUUGUGAAACUGCUUCCUCCACAUAAUUUAUCAGUCACCAAGUCUAAGGAAAUAUCCAGUAUCUUAAAAGUGUCAUGGAUCAACCCUGCCAAGCCUUUUGAUGAACUGAAAUAUAAUAUUCGGUAUCGUGCCAGAGGUGCUUCAAAUUGGACACAUAUUCCUCCUGAAGACACAGCUUCAACCCGAGAUUCAUUUACUGUUCAGGAGCUCAAACCUUUUACAGACUAUGUGUUUUCAAUUCGUUGUAUGAACAAAGAUGGUAGGGGAUUCUGGAGUAAUUGGAGUGCAGAAGCAAGUGGAAUCACAUAUGAAGCUAAACCAACAAAUGCACCAAGUUUCUGGUAUACGAUUGAUCCUUCUCAAGAUCAUGGAUAUAGACAAGUACACCUAAAAUGGAAGACUUUGCCUCCAUUUGAAGCCAAUGGAAGAAUCUUAGAUUAUGAAGUCACUCUAAAGAGAGGGAAAACAUCACAUUUAUCAAGAUAUGUUAAUGAUACAAAAUUGACUCUGAAUGUCACAAAUGAUUCUUAUGUCAUAAGUCUGAAAGCCCGUAAUAUAGUCGGAAGCUCUGAACCAACUAAUUUAACUAUUCCUGGCCGUGACUUUAAAGCAGCUCACCCUGUAACAAAUCUUAAAGCGUUUCCUAAAGAUGAGAAACUUUGGGUAGCAUGGACUCCUCCAAAUGAAUCUGUAAAUAAAUAUAUACUAGAGUGGUGUGUAUUUUCUGACAGUUUGCCGUGUACUCCUGAUUGGCAGCAAGAGGACAGUAAUGUGAAACUAACCUACUUACAAGGAAAUUUAACGGAGAGCAAAUGUUAUUUGAUAACGGUUAUCCCAGUGUAUAAUAAUGGCCCAGGAAGCCCCCAGUCUGUAAAGGCAUAUCUUAAACAAGCUCGGCCUUCUACAGGACCUGUGGUUCGAAUAAAGAAAGUGGGGAAAAAUGAAGCUGUCUUAGUAUGGGAUCACCUUCCUAUCGAUAACCAGAAUGGAUUCAUCAGAAACUAUACCAUAUUUUACAAAACUAGCAAUGGAAAUGUAACAGCUGUGCAUCUGAACUCAUCCCACACAGAAUAUACACUUUCUCCCUUGAUUAGUGACACAUUGUACGUGGUGCGAAUGGCAGCAUAUACAGAUGAAGGGGGCAGGGAUGGUCCAGAAGUCAAUUUUACUACUCCAAAAUUUGCUCAAGGAGAAAUUGAAGCCAUAGUUGUGCCAGUUUGCUUAGCGUUCUUGUUGACCACCCUUCUGGGAGUAUUGCUCUGUUUUAACAAAUUAGAUCUGAUUAAAAAACACAUUUGGCCUAAUGUUCCAGAUCCUUCAAAGAGUCACAUUGCUCAGUGGUCCCCUCACACACCAACUAGGCAUAAUUUACAUCCCAAAGAUCAGAUGUACCCAGAAGGCAGUUUCACUGACACUGAUGUCAGUGUUGUGGAAAUAGAAGCAAAUGAAAAAAAGCCUCUUCCAGAAGACCUGAAGUCAUUGGAUCUCUUCAAAAAGGAGAAAAUCACUACUGAGGGACACAGUAGUGGUAUUGGAGGUUCUUCAUGCAUGUCAUCUUCUAGGCCAAGCAUUUCUAGUAAUGAUGAAAGCGAAUCUGGACAAAACACUUCAAGCACCGUGCAGUAUUCUACUGUGGUACAUAGUGGCUACAGGCACCAGCUUCCAUCAGUUCAGGUCUUCUCAAGGUCUGAGUCUACCCAGCCUUUACUGGACUCAGAGGAGCGACCAGAAGACCUCCAGAUAGUAGAGAAUGGAGGAAGUGGUGAUGGCGCAUCACCCAGGCAGCAGUAUUUCAAACAAAACUGUAAUCAAGAUGAAAUUGGUCCAGAUUUAUCACAUUUUGAAAGAUCAAAGCAAGUUUCUUCAGUGAAUGAGGAAGAUUUUGUUAGGCUUAAACAGCAACAGAUGUCAGAUCAGAAAUCGCAGUCCUUUACAUCUGAACAAGUGAAAGAUUUUGAAGUUGUUUCUGCAGCAGAUCGUUUUGGUGCAAGUACCGAGGCACAAAUUCAAAGGUUUGAAACAAUUGGGUUAGAGGCAGCAACUGAGGAAGGAAUGCCUAAAAGCUAUUUGCCUCAGACUGUAAGACAAGGGGGCUACGUGCCUCAGUGAGGGGAGACUUUUCUCUUAAGACUCUUAAACAGUGACUAUUUUUGUGCAAAAUAAAGCUAAAUAUACUUUUAUCUGUGAUUUCAGACAAAAACAUUACUUAGAGAAGAUGGUUAUUUGCCCUCCUGGACUAUAUACUUUUACUUAAAUGGGCUAUUUCUCUUCCAGAAUAACUGGGAUUCUACUUCGAGCACUACAUGAACUGUUUUGCAUCCUGUCUGAAUAGUUAAAUUUGUGCUGCUUCAGGAUGUUUGCAUUUUAAAAAGAAAAAACUUAUCUAUAAUUCUUUAAGGAAACUUCAUUUCUAUUUUGUUUUUGAAAAGACAGAGGGCAUUUAAGCAGUCAGCAUAGCUGUACUGACUCAGAAAUUACUGGCUUUUUAAAGAUGGUCAGUUAUUCUAUGAAUGAUAAAAGUAAGAUAAUUGAGCUUAGGAAGACUUUUUUUUUUUUUUUAAUGAAGAAUCCUCUUUGGUUUUCAUGUUUUUGUUUGUAAAAUAAUGAACAAGGUACUAUAAAUAAUAAGAAUGAUUUCCACAGAACUCAAACUGUUGAUCCUCCGUCUUAGCAAAUUAAAAAACUUAGAUAUUUGCUAAUUUGUAUACCGAACAUAAUCUUCACUUCAUACAGUGGCUGGGUGUUCUACUACUACUACUACAGUCAUGAGCUUCAUUUAGGCAAAUUCAUUUAUGUCAAGUGUUUAUUGGAAAGAUCAAAUGCUGCAAACUGCUUUAGGCAUUUUUUUUAUCUAUCAUUUGUAGUUUGCGGAUGUUUAAAUCUGUAACAUUUCUUUGUUGGUGUAUUUUGAAAUUAUAGACCAUUAGGCUUUAGAAAAUGAUGUUAGAGAAGCACUUUAUCUGAACUUUUAGUUUAAAAUUUUUGUCAUUUAAUAUAUUUUGUGUUUUUUCUUUUUAGUUAUAUGUAGGCAGCAUUGAAAAAUUACUGGGUUUUUUUUUUUUUUUAGCACUUGACUCAUUUGAUGCUAGUUAUCACUAUUCACCACGUGAAAAACAUAAAAGCCUCUAAAUACCGAUUUUCCUAGAAUUGCAACCAUUGUUGUCAUCAGAAUUAUAUUUACUUAAUUACUGAAGAGAGUGUUUUUAACAAGAUACUGCAGAUUAGUCCAGAGGUAGAAUGGGAAAUAAGCAUACCCAGCCUCAUUAAUUCUGUCUUAUGGUUAAGGACUUGUUUUGAAACCUUUUUUAAUUUGCUAUCUUUCAGGAGCCUAGGUUCAUACUGCUGGCUUAAUCUUAUGGUUUACAUGUUCAUUUGUAUCACCCUCUAACCAUUCUCUACCAGCCAUAUUUUAACAAGGUAUUAGGCCAAACAGAUCAGAUAAAUAUUUGUUAGAGCUCGAAAUGAGAAAAAGCUCACUAGUAACAAACAAAAUAAGACUCUUGCUAUCCAAGGAAGGGAUAAGCAGCUGUUUUUUUCAUCAGAUUUGAGUUGCAGAAAUUAGACAGACUUUCAGAUAUGGCUCUGCCUAGAGGUUACUAGUCUUUAUUAUGACUAGUGUUUAUUUCAAGAUGAAAUAAAAUUCUAUUUUCAUUAUCUUAAUUGUUCACACUAGAUGUUCCAUGUGAGUGUGUUUUCUUUACAUUUUAAUGUUUUACACUCAUCAAAGAAGCCAUAUGGCCUAGUGAACGUGGAACUGGCCUCAGAAUCAAAAACAUCUGAGUUCAAAUCUCCCCUAUGAUACAUUCUGUCUGUGAGACCCUGGGUCAGUCACUUACAAUCUCUUCAAGGGUUUCCUUGGGCACUGAGAGGCCAAAUUUUAAAAGAGAUGCUUAUGGGCUGCUUUAGCGGAGGAUUUUCUUCCCUGGGGAACUUCAUACAGUGAUGAAAUCACAGGCCCAAUUCUCUAAAAAUUUCCUUUUCAAAAUAGUUUUACAUUUAUGGUCUCAUUUAAUAGACAAUCCUAACUUUCUAUGUAAUAAGACAUCCAUUUUCUUUCCCGGACAAAAGAUUAUUAGAACAUUAAAUUAGAGACCUAGAAGAGAGUUCAUUUCACAUAAAUAGAAUCAACUAAGCCACCGGUUUUCACUUUGUGGUAUCAUGGUCCCUUAUAGUUGUUUAGUGAAACCUAUGGGACCCUUUCUCAAAAUAAUGUUUUUAAAUGCACAAAAUAAAAUCAGUUAUAUUAAAAUACAAUUAUUAAAAUACUUUUUAAAAACAAGUUCACAAACUCUAAGGUAGGAACUAUAGAUCUAUGCCAGCCUCCUCAUUUUAGAAAUUAAACGGUACUCUCAUUUUGGGUACAGGCUCAAACCAGAUCUCAAAAGUUCUGUAAUACUAUAAAAUCUGAGAUUCAAGUAACAAUGACUUGUCUCAGAUUAAAAAAAAAUUUCAGUGGCGUCACUGCUUUAAAGUGGAAUUUAAAUAUAGACCCUAUAGAGUACCAAGUUAUGACAAAUACCAUCUAUCUAAAUUGUAUUUUCUUUUAAAAUAUCUCCCUUUAUCUCUUACAACAGCAGUGUCAUAAAAUUCCCAAGAGUGGCCUGAACCAAAUUAAAAUGUAAUUGGCAAAUAAAAUAAAUAAAAAUACAAUAAAAAUAGAUAUUAUAAAACUAAGUCAAUAUGCAGUUCAUUGGGAUUCUUGUAUACAGUUUAAUGCCUCCAGUUUCUUUUUGAAUACAACACCAUUGUCUUUAGAGUGCUUCAAAAUGCUUCUCUGGCUUUUAUCACAUUCUACCAUUUGUAUGUAUUGGAAUAUAUGUUAGGUGCCUUUCAUCAGAUUCUAAGAUCUUUGAGAGUAGGCAAAAACUGUUGUCAUUCUCUUAUGUCCUUUGUAUAUGGCACAGUGCCUUUUAACAAGUAGGUGCCUAAUAGAUAAUUAUUGAAAUGUUUUAUUUUUAAUCAUAACAUUGUUUUUUUUUCAAAUCAUACUUUUUAUCAGAUUUAUGGAGUAGUUAUGGAGUUUCUGUUAGUGAUUGCCUUUUGGUAAAACAGACAAUUCAUUUGGAGAGAAAGUAUUUUUCCCCCCUGUUUGGUUUAGUUUCUUAACAAUGCCAGAGUAAAAGAAUAGGUGCUGAUUAUUUCCUUUACUUUUGAAUUUCAUUUAAUUUCUAUUCCAUAGUUUUAUGUUUGAGCUUUUUUUUUUUCAAAAUUUCUUUUAAACAGGUGAAACUCAAAGUUUUAUGAAAACCAUGUUUCUUCUAACUAGUUGGUAGUAUAAAAUAAUGACUUCAUAAAUGGAUCCUUACUUGUAUAAUUCAUCUGAAAUAUAAGUGUACUGAUCAAGUGAACUCUGAUUUCAUAUAUAUAUAUAUAUAUAUCAGAAUAUAAUCAAUCUAGAUGAGAUGACUUACAAAAAACACUAGAAAAAAUUAAUGUAAAUUCAGAAUAUAAAGAAAUGUAGGGUACUGUGAUAAAGAUGAUGCUGCCAUGGAAUUUCAGAGUAAGGAAAAAGUUUUCAGUAGGGUGUGUUAACACAGUAGUUAUAUCUUGAACUGGAUUUUGAAAGAAGUGUAGGAUUUCCCUUGAAAGGAACUAGCAGAGGAUAACACUGCACAGAAGAGAAAAAAGAGGGAAUAUAGCCAGUAUAUAUCAAUGGCCUAACAUUUAUUUUCUGAGACUUUGUAGAUAGACUGAAAGAAAAUAGAUUUACAUAAAUGUCAUAGACUUGCACUACUAUAACUGUCACCACUACUCUUUUAAGCAGCAGACCAAAGUGGUUUUCUUACAACUUAUAUUUCCUUCUUAUGCUUAUGAUAAUGGAUAGAAAAUGAUCAAGAGAAUUAUCUACUUAUUUUGAUUAUUCUUUGCAAAGCAAACCAGUUUCAAUACUCUUAGUCCAAAAUUGCAUUAUUUGGAACUGACAGAAUUUUCCUCCACCAUUUGCUUUAAAGUUAUAUAAAGUAUAAUUUCUUACCCUAACCUUUCUCCCCAACCUUACUGUCUCUUCCCCCUUUUUUCUUCUCCUCCCCCCAAAAAAAAAUUCUACCCGUGAAUUUUGGUGGGCAGAAAAGGUAUGAAAACUUUUAACUAGUUUCUCAUUCUAAUAGUUAAUUUCAUUUAAAUAAAGCAUUCUUGCUUUCACAUCUAACAACGCAGUUGGGAAGCAUAAUCUUAAAGUGCGAACAGGUACCUAACAUUUGGUUUAAGCUAUCUCAUGGAAAGGGGGAUGACUUGGAUGACUAAACUUUGGUGUAUAAUAAAUUUGGGGUGCUCUUUAUCUAAUCUUCCUCAAAAAGCUCAGGGAAAAAUCUUACUUCAAAAGUAGAACUUAACAUGGCUGAUGUAGUUUUAAUUUUUUUUUUUUUUUUUGUAGUUCUGUAUUCUGAACUGAUAGUCUGGUUCUUAUCUUUCUAAGCAGAAUAUUCAAAUUGAAAUAGUGUGACUAUUUUAUGUAUCACAGCAUUUAAAGGCAUUUAACAUGAGGCAUUGAGCAUUAAGGCUUGCAUGGAAAUUUGUCAUGUCUACAUAGCAUAUGAUCUUUGUCUUCAUGGUACCAAAAUAGUCAAUAAAAAUACUUUAAAAGUAUUAAUAAUUAGUUAUCCUAAUUGAGGUUACUCAAUUUAGAUGACAUAGGCACAGCCAUAGUAUGAAGCCUUUGACCUGAAAUAGUAUGUCUGUCCAUCCUUUUUUUUCCCUUUCUCCUUCCCUUUCCUUCUUUGUAGUUCUUAGAAAUGUAGUAGAUUCAAGAGAGCAUCUUGUGAGCAAGAUGUACAAUGAGGCACACAAGCGUGCACACACGUACAAGUUUAUAUAUAUAUAUAUAUAUAUAUAUAUAUAUAUAUAUAUAUAUACACACAUACAUAUAUAUCCAUGUUUAAUAUAUUAGAAUAUAUCCAAUUAGUCAAACUCUUUAAGACAUGCUAGAAUUUAGAUAGAAACUUGGCUUUUUGUGCAGAUUCAUUUUCCUUACCAAAUUUCCCGAGAACUUAUAAAAUUAUGGACAUCCAAAAGAUAAAAAUGCAUUUGGGUAUUAAUAUUUCACUUGGAUUUUUUUUUCCAAAGAGGAGAAAUGCCACAAUCUUGUUUUUUAAUGUUAAAUUACUAUCCUGGGAGAUAUUUAAAGAAGAUACUUAUCUUUGCACUUAAUUUGAAUAUGUAAGUUAAAUUUGACAAAUCUGAUUUGUUUACAGAAAAAUGAUUAUAUUUCUAAACAGCUACAUGUAUUAUUGUCUGUAAAUAUUUGGGGUCACUUUAUUCUAGAUUAAAAUAAUGACACUAUCUGGAAAAUAACCCAUUCAUUGAGGAAGGUGAAUUCAGUAGUUUGAGAUAUGUUUGCCCAUUUAUAGUUUUUUUUUUUAAAAAUUGUAAAUUACAACUAGUUCAUUAUUUUAGGAAUAUUAUGUUUUAACUAUUACUAGUUAUUACUAGUGUCCAAGGUCUAGCUGUAUUAGUGGGUAAAAGAGACCAUGCUAAAUAUUAAGUCAUUUUAAGAAUAAAAGUUUUUUUUUUUUUAAUUCUCAUUAAAAUGUUAAAAAAAAUGUUUUUGUCUUUUUAAAAUGAUUAAACUAGGGUGCUGGAAGAUGCCCAACAUUUAUGCCAAAUAAGCUGAAUUAUGUAUAUUAUAGAAAAUUGGGAGUUAAUAUGACAUGAAAAGUAGCAAAAUCAUUAAUUGUGCAUUUGUAUGUUUUCAUAUUAUUUGCUAGGACUUUAUUAAAGAUAUUAUAGAACUGAUCUGAAAAAACUUGCUUCCUACAGAAAAGAUAAAAUUAUGAAAUUAAGACAUAUGUAUAUAAAAGUAUAACAAGCUUUCAUUAAUCACAGUAGGUAGACUCUCAUAGCAAGGGACCUCAAACUAUGUCCCACAGGCCAGAUGCGGCAGCUGAGGACGUUUAUCCCCCUCACCUAGGGCUAUGAAGUUUCUUUAUUUAAAGGCCCACAAAACAAAGUUUUUGUUUUUACUAUAGUCCGGCCCUCCAACAGUCUGAGGGACAGUGAAUUGGCCCCCUAUUUAAAAAGUUUGAGGACCUCUGUUUAUAGUUUGGGCCGUGUUUGCUUUCUUAGCACAUACACUAAAACUGGAAUGAUAACUAAACACUACUAGCAUGCCUUCGUUGUGCAAACCCACAUUCCAUAUCUCUUCAUUUGUACUAUUAAAAUAUGAAAAAAAAAAGUUUUGAACAUUUGGAUUAAAUUGAGUUGAGUACAAAUACUUACAACUUUUCCCUUCAUUACUUCAUCCACAUGUGCAUACACACAAACCAAUCAAAAUCACAACUGUAGAAAGAGAAUUAUAUUGUAGAACUUCCAAAACUUGAACCAGUUGACCAUUUGAUAUAAUUAAGUCAAGAAGGAGUCCUACUCUAUACCAUUUCAUGUUACAUAAUUUUACUUUCUCUGUAUUGCUGUGCUUUCUCAAUGAUGUAUCCUGUAAGUAGCAGGUUUUAAAACUCUCCAUGUUUUGUUUUUAAAGUUGCCUGGAUUGCUUCCCAUUUCAAUAAAGUAUUUUAUUCUAUU